AGCUCUCCGUUGCUUCUAUUGUUGUCCCGGAAUGUAAAGCAACGGACGGUGAUGGGAUCCACCGUCCUACUUAUGAGCAGUGGAAGGAUCUGCUAAUCGAUUCCCUUAAGUUAGCCGGAAUAGAGGAUGAGAUGACAAAGUUUACGGUAUUUAAAGUAAAGGCCGGGUCCGGACUGCUCGAGAUAUAUAGAAACACGAAGUCGAAUGCCGACUCACCAGAUCCAAACAAGGCACCAUUUUCAAACGCGUUACAUCGUCUUCAAAGUUAUUUCGGUUCUGGUUCUGACGUGAUGCUAAUGCGACGCAAGUUGGCGAUGAUGAUUCAGAAAUCCGAUGAAACUGACCUCAGUUUUCUCACACGUGUCGGUUCGUCUGCCCGUCUAUGUGAAUUCACUGAAGAUAAAGAGUUUGAGCAAAUCGUUGCUACCGUAGCUGAACACGCAAGGCAUCGGGAUGUCCGCACCACAGCCCUUAAAAUGCUCAGUCGGAAGGGUACAUUCAUUGACUUGGUUGAUAAAGUGCGCGAACUUGAGACUAUCAGAAUAAAUGAAGAAUAUGUCAUGCGAAAACACGGAAGUGCGGAACAAGCUCUCAUUGCCCCAGUUCAAUCGUUCUCCAACUGGGAUGCCUCUCGUCAGCAAAGAUACCCAGCAAAUUUUGGGUCCCGUGGGGGCGUAUACCAGCGUGGAAGUUACCGUGGAGGUGCUACCAGAGCAAGAGAGAUAUACAGAGGUGGAAAUUUUCAAAACCAAAUGAACAGAGGGCGAUUUCAAUUCAGGAUGAACAGAGGUGUAGGUUCCCAAUCUAGUCCAUCAUCGGAUAGAAACUGUUGGCGUUGUGGUGGAGUUUAUCACUCACCAAAUGACUGUAACGUCAAAGAAAAAGUAUGCAACAAAUGUGGACAGGUUGGCCAUAUUCAAAGAGUGUGUUUCGGUUCAUUCAAACGUGCAGGAGAACAUACUUUAGAUAUACCACCAAACAAGAUUGCCGCGAUCGAGAUCCAAGGAAAGUCCGAUGAUGAAUCGAAAGUGGAAACCCCGGUAAGUGAGAAUACGGGAGAUUAAAAGAUAUCGAUUGAUUACAUAAACGCGAGGAAAUGACUUACUUUAAUAACUCAAAACGAAUGUAUACCACUUCAAAACCAAUAUUUUGUAAGAACCAGAUGUUCUACUAGUUAGUUAGUAUGACUGGUUUAAAAAAGGAAAGAGCACGUGAGAUUACAAUGAGUUUUUUUUUUAUUGACUAGUUUCAGGACAGGUUCUAGUAAUCAUUUUGUUAAAAUUAUCCUUAUUUGAAUUGCCCCAACA